AUCUCUAUGAAGUUACAGCAGGUGGUUGGUAUGGGAUCUAUGCAGCAGAAUCCUGUUGCUCCACAACAGGUGAACAUGAGCACCAUGCAGCAACAGGAACAACAGAUGCUACAGACACAGCAGCUUAAGCAACAAUAUCAGCAACGUCAAAUGCAUCAGCAACUCAAACAACAGCUUCUGCAGCAGCAGCUACAGCAGGCUAAGCAGCAGCUUCCUUGGCAACUGCCGACUCAUCAAAGGCGUUCCAACAUCCAACUCUGGAAUGCAGCUUGGCUCUGCUGUUAUUAGUAGUUGUCAUCUACUAUAUUAAAGUUUUUCUUCUUUCUUAGUGUAGAAAUUGAUAGAGGACAAAAGAGGAGAGCAUACAAACUGAUUAAUGUUUGCCACUCACGCAGUGGAGGCGACCUCGGUGGUGGUUUCAAAUCAAUCAGUGGUUUCCGUUGAGUUGUAGGAG